AAUCACACUGGUUUGCUGCAUAAUUCCAGCAGACCGUGACUAUCUGUGUGCACGAAGAACAUUUAACGCGGCAAAAUCGCCAUUGAUGAAUCCUCUUUCUCUCUCCCACUCCCAGUCCCUCUGAUUUGCUCGACAAUUUAUCAAGCUACCCGAGUUGAAAAUCUGACGAGAGAAGGUGGAACACGAACUAAUGAGUUGAUCAAUGGCGAAGGCAAAACCUAGGACAAUCAGGUUUGUUUUGGUGAUUGUGGGGCUUUUGGGAUUGUUUCUCAUUGCAGAUCUUCUAUGGGCUUCAUCAUCUUCUUCUCCUGCCAAUUGGGCUCUCGGAGAUCCCAAAAAUUUUGUGGUUCCAAAACCUUUUCACAGCAGUAAUGGCUCGCUUGUCGCGCCAGACAAGGUGACGCCUAAUCGAGAUAAGCAAGAUGCUGUUCCCAGGGUUUUAUCGGCAACAUUUGCUGAUUUGCCAGCUCCCCAGUUGCAAUGGGAGAAGAUGAAUCCAGCACCUGUUCCUCGUCUGGAUGGUGCUGCUAUACAGAUCAAGAAUCUUCUCUACGUUUUUGCUGGAUAUGGAACCAUUGAUACUGUGCAUUCUCAUGUUGAUGUAUACAAUUUCACCGAUAACACCUGGAGUGGAAGGUUUGACAUGCCGAAAGAAAUGGCCCAUUCGCAUUUAGGCAUGGUGACAGAUGGAAGAUAUAUUUACGUGGUUACUGGACAGUAUGGUCCUCAAUGUAGAGGGCCUACAGCACACACAUUCGUACUAGACACUGUGACACGUAAGUGGAAAUACCUGCCACCUUUACCAGUCCCAAGAUAUGCCCCGGCCACCCAGCUUUGGAGAGGCCGACUUCAUGUAAUGGGUGGUAGCAAAGAGAACAGGUAUACGCCUGCAUUGGAACACUGGAGUAUUGCUGUGAAAAACGGCAAAGUUUUGGAAAAUGAAUGGAGAUCGGAAAUUCCCAUUCCUCGUGGUGGACCUCACAGGGCUUGCGUCGUGUACAAUGACCGUUUGUAUACUAUUGGUGGUCAAGAGGGUGAUUUCAUGGCCAAACCCGGAUCUCCAAUAUUUAAAUGCUCACGUCGCAAUGAGAUUGUAUAUGGCGACGUGUACGUGUUAGAUGAUGAUAUGAAGUGGAAAAUGCUACCCCCUAUGCCCAAGCCCGAUUCUCAUAUCGAAUUUGCUUGGGCAAUUGUAAACAGCUCCAUUGUCAUUGUUGGAGGCACCACGGAGAAGCAUCCCGUUACCAAGAAGAUGACAUUAGUUGGAGAAAUAUUCCGGUUCGACUUUGAUACACUGAAGUGGUCUGUGAUCGGGAAGCUUCCUUAUCGUGUGAAAACAACACUCGUUGGAUUUUGGGAUGGAAUGCUGUAUUUUACAUCGGGCCAACGAGAUAGAGGGCCCGACAAUCCUGCACCCAAGAAGGUGAUUGGGGAGAUGUGGAGAACGAAGCUUAUAUUAUGAGCAUUUUUUUUUUCUUUUUUUCAGUUGGUGGAUAAUAAUCUGCCAAUUUAACAAUUCAUCAGCCUAUUCUUUUUAUUUUUACAUUCUUCCAUUUUUUUCAAUUUACAGGCACACACAUCAUAUCAUUCUGUUGUAGUUUUAGGCUUUAGCAUAACAAAAUGCAUGAACCAGUGAAGUUGGAGUCGGUUUUUAACGCUGCAUGAACACACAGACAUACACAUUU